ACACUCCAUAGUUUCAUACACACAACUUGCAAAUGGAAAGCAAAACCAUAGGGUUCUGUGCAGUUGUGGCGGUGCUAGGAAUAAUAUCAGCCGCCACCGGUUUCACAGGGGAGUUCACUAGGGUUAAGGAUUCUGAUGUUUAUAUUGAGGAUAAUUCGUGUGUUUAUCCAAGUAGUCCAGCCCUCGCUCUUGGAGUCAUAUCCGCCUUGUUCGCGAUUAUUACGCAAAUUUAUAUAAGCGUGACAUUUGGCUGUUGCAGAUGUUGCGGAAACAACACUAAUUCAACCCCAAUUUCAAAACUCCUCUCUGUAUUAUCAUGGGUAGCUACGGUUGUAGCUGUGAUUCUAUUGUUGGCAGCUGCUGGACUAAAUAAUAAAGAAGGUGGACAAGUUGAUUCUUAUGGUUAUUUUACAUGUUAUGUUGUGAAGCCAGGAAUAUUUGCAGCAGGGGCACUUUUAGCUCUUUUAAGUGCAGUUUUUGGGAUUGCUGCUUUUGUUACCGUUGCUCCAUUAGCUACACAAACCACUACAAAUCCUGCAGUUGCAUACCCAAUUGGUGCUAAUAUUGAUCCAGAGAAAAAUACAUUUUCCUUUUCCUCCACAGCAAUACCACCCUCAGCAAUACCCUCCUCAACAACAAUAUUAACAAAAUAAUUAACUGGUCAAUCCAUGGAUUAAUCAUUUCUAUUACAUUGUAUUAUAUGAAUUUGUAUAUUUGGGUUUCUUGAAUUUUCAAAUGUAAUUAAGAGU